GUACCUCACGUACCUAAUGAUGUUUUGGAGGAAAUGUUCUUGCACGGGAUGAAAAGGAGUCUGAGGGAGCAAGUCGUUAGACUUAGGCCUUUGGGUAUGGAUGAGAUUGUGGAGAUGGCACAAAUCAUUGAGGCGCAGGAGAACGAGCGAAGUUCUUACAAUUCGAGGUCCUUUCAUCGAACGAACUCGGCCCCUGCACUCAACAAUAGUCAGAGAAACUCGAACUUCUCAAUGGGAAGGCAGAGUGAGGUCACACCUAACCGGAAGUCUUUUGAAUCGCAGCGUGAGAAUAAGGGAAGUGAGUCGAAGAGGCCAAUACAAAACCCUUGUCGUCAUUGCGGUGAGAGAUUCUUUUCUGGGCACAAGUGUAAAGUUUUUCAAAAGUACAAGUGCCUUGAAGUUGAGGAGGAAUCAGAACGAGAUGAGGAGUUAGAUAGAGGUUCUGAAGAGGAAGAAGAACCUCAGAAGCAACAAGAGCUGCAGGUCCUGUCUCUGAAGUCUAUGGUAGGAAUCACUACUAAGAAGACAUUGAGGAUAAGAGGUUAUAUCGGAGAUGCGGAAGUAGUGGUUCUCAUUGAUUCGGGGGCGUCGUGUAACUUCAUAGCCACACGGUUAGUACAUAAGUUGGGAUUACAGGUAACACCCACUCAGGAGUUUGGAGUAGCGAUUGGAGAUGGAAGGGUUCUCACUAGCAGUGGGAAGUGUGAGGAGGUGAAAAUUAAUAUUCAAGGAGUGGGAAUUCGAGAAGAGUACUUGGUGUUUGAUUUGGGAGCUACAGACAUGGUGUUGGGCUACACUUGGUUAGAGAAGUUGGGGGAAAUGAAAAUCAAUUGGGGGUUACACUUGUUGAGGUUCCAAAUUGGAGAGCAAUGGGUGACUUUGGCAGGAGAUCCGGAUCUGCUUUGCGCUCAAGUUUCUUUUAGAACGAUGGAGAAGUUGUGCGAGAAAGAGGAUGGG